GUCCAGGUGGCUGCGGUUCUGAGAUCUCCGUUUGAAAAUCUUCUCAGCCUCUUGUGAGACUGAGUAGCCACUUGAAGCUCGAAGAAAGAAAAGAAAAAUUAAAGGCAAGAGUCUUGAAAUGGCAUAAAAAGGAGCGAGAACACAUUCAAACGAAAGAAUGGAGUAGAGGAGAAAUAGUCUUCUUGCUAACUUCAGAAAGCCUCAUCACAGACUAAUACAAAUUUGAAACGGCACAGCGCAGCAACAAAUCAGUAUUCUCCGGCAGAGCCUGCAAGAAAUGGCCAAGAGGGUUAACCCUUUCAAUGGCUGAACUGAUUCUUUGAACAGCCACAAUCUGCAAACAAAAGACUUGAGAUGAUGAACUUUAAUGGGUCAUUUCAGAAUCAUUUUUGAUAUAUGGAGAUCCUGAGAUUCAAAUGGCUUUGACACUCUGACAGCCCCAUAUUUUUUGUAGUAGAUAAUGAAAACAUUCGCCUACUUCCAUUUACCUCACAGGAUUUCUUCUUAGCUUAUUAAAUGUACAGACAAAGCAAGGAACUAGUCUGAGAUCCUCAGCUCGGAUGAUUAGUUUGGAAAGACUCUUUCUGGUCCAAAAAGGUUCAGAAAAGCUUCUCAGGACUGACUGGUGUUCUCCCCAUUGGUGUAUUUGAUUCAUUAGCAACGCUUAGCCACCAAAUUAAACAUGGCUGCCGGAGUGGCAACAUGGCUACCGUUUGCCAGGGCAGCGGCCGUCGGCUGGCUUCCUCUGGCCAAGAAAAUCAUGCCCAAACCGCCCGUGGACAAAAAGAGCCGCAACGACGAGAUCCUGUUCGUGAACGUGAGCGGGAUCCGCUUCCAGACAUGGAAAAACACGCUGGACCGCUAUCCCGACACUCUGCUGGGCAGCUCGGAAAAGGAGUUUUUCUACAACGAGGACACUCAGGAGUAUUUCUUCGACAGGGACCCGGAGAUGUUUCGCCACAUUUUGAACUUCUACCGAACCGGCAAGCUUCACUACCCGAGGCAGGAGUGCAUUCAGGCCUUUGACGAGGAGCUGGCAUUUUACGGCAUCGUGCCGGACAUUAUUGGCGACUGCUGCAUGGAAGAGUACAGGGACCGCAAGAAAGAGAACCAGGAACGUUUGGCUGAGGACACGGAGGCCGAGAAUGCGACGGAUACUCCACUUCCGCCGCACAGCACAUCUCGGGAACGUUUGUGGCGCGCCUUUGAAAACCCCCACACAAGCACCAUGGCUCUCGUUUUCUACUACGUCACGGGUUUCUUCAUCGCCGUCUCGGUCAUAGCGAACGUGGUGGAAACCGUCCCCUGCCGACCCCUCAAAGGCAGCAAGAAAGACUUGCCCUGCGGCGAGAAGUACACGCUGGCGUUUUUUUGCAUGGACACGGCCUGCGUCCUCAUCUUCACGUUCGAGUACCUCAUGAGGCUUUUCGCCGCGCCCAGCCGCUGCAAGUUCAUGCGCUCGGUCAUGAGCGUCAUCGAUGUUGUUGCCAUCAUGCCCUACUACAUUGGCCUGGUCAUGCCUGAGAACGAGGACGUGAGCGGUGCGUUCGUCACGUUGAGGGUGUUCCGCGUCUUCCGGAUCUUCAAGUUCUCGCGCCAUUCUCAAGGCCUGCGGAUCCUGGGUUAUACUCUGAAGAGCUGCGCUUCUGAGUUGGGCUUCCUCCUGUUUUCCCUCACCAUGGCCAUCAUAAUAUUUGCCACCGUCAUGUUCUACGCCGAGAAAGGCACCAAGGGAACCAACUUCACCAGCAUCCCAGCCUCCUUCUGGUACACCAUAGUCACCAUGACAACACUUGGGUAUGGAGACAUGGUCCCAAACACCAUCGCUGGAAAGAUCUUCGGCUCUAUCUGCUCUCUCAGUGGCGUGCUGGUUAUCGCCCUUCCUGUACCCGUCAUCGUGUCCAACUUCAGCCGAAUCUACCAUCAGAACCAGAGAGCAGACAAGAUGCGAGCCCAGCAGAAAGUCCGACUUGCCAGGAUUCGCUUGGCCAAGAAGGGAACCACCAACGCCUUCCUACAUUACAAAGAAGAUGGAGGAUUUCAGGAUCGAGACAGUGACAACGCUCUGUGUCUGAAGAACAGAUCUGCCUUUGAGCACCAACACCAUCACCUGCUGCAUUGUCUGGAAAAGACAACAAACCAUGAGUUCACAGACGAGCUGACGUUCAGUGAGAUGUGUAUGACUGAGUCGGUGGGCUAUCGCACGAGCCGCAGCACUUCCAUCUCCAGCCAGCAGGGGGUGUCGACGUCCUGCUGCCCCCGCAGGGGUAAGAGAAGAGCCAUCCGCCUCGCCAACUCCACCGUAUCUGUGAGCCGGGGCAGCAUACAGGAGCUGGACACUCUGCAAGUGCACAAAACCUCUGCUGGACCCCAAAGGUGUCUUACUCUGAAGGGUGCAACCAGACUUUUGACUAUUGGUGGACCACCUUUGUGCCUGUCCCAAGAGCACUGUUAG